AUGGCUGAAGCAAGCGGCGCCAUUCCUACCUUCAAGCUUGUGCUUGUCGGUGACGGCGGUACAGGAAAGACCACCUUCGUCAAGCGUCAUUUGACUGGAGAGUUCGAGAAGAAGUACAUUGCGACCCUCGGUGUCGAGGUUCACCCUCUUGGCUUCACCACCAACCUCGGCCAGAUCCAGUUCGACGUCUGGGACACAGCUGGUCAGGAGAAGUUCGGUGGUCUCCGUGAUGGAUACUACAUCAACGGACAGUGCGGUAUCAUCAUGUUCGAUGUUACCUCGCGUAUCACAUACAAGAACGUCCCCAACUGGCACCGUGAUCUUGUCCGCGUUUGCGAGAACAUCCCCAUCGUCCUGACCGGCAACAAGGUCGACGUUAAGGAGCGCAAGGUCAAGGCCAAGUCCAUCACCUUCCACCGCAAGAAGAACCUCCAGUACUACGACAUCUCCGCCAAGUCGAACUAUAACUUCGAGAAGCCUUUCCUCUGGCUCGCCAGGAAACUCGUCGGCAACCAGACUCUGGAAUUUGUCGCUGCCCCCGCUCUGGCUCCUCCCGAGGUCCAGGUCGACCAGGCUGUUCUCGAGCAGUACCAGAAGGAGAUGCAGGACGCCGCUAAUAUGCCUCUGCCCGAUGAGGACGACGCCGACUUGUAG